AGACCUUUUGGCUCGAAGCCAAAGUAUUCCUCCACCUUGACAUCUGGGUGAGUGCCUUUUUUCGACUUUGGGCGAUUCCCUUCCGCCUUGGGCGGGCCGAUGGCGCGGAGCCGGAGACCACCGGAGAUCGUCGGUGUCCUGUUUGGCCUUUGGGUCUUCCAGUUCAUCUCUGCACGGACCUUCAUCUCUCCGCGGCUCCAACCUGCUCGACCGCUCCUCCGUCCCGCGGGGGGGUCCCGCGGGACGGGACCCGCCGCGACGGUGCCAGAGCGAUCUGCAUCUGUGGCGGUGAUUCCCAUCUUGGCUUUGACCCUGGCCUUGGCUCCUUCGGCAAGGCCUCCACGCAGGCUCACCGGACAAAGCCGCUCCAGAUGUGUGCUUCAAGCUGCCACCGCUGCCGCCGUUGAUCGACAGGACUGGCAAAGGUCUCCAGAACUCCUGCCUCCACAGGAGCCGAUGCUCAUUUCCUUGGAUGUGGAUGAGUUGGCCAGCCCGGGCACCACGCGAAGUCCGACGGAUCCCGAGCCGCUCCAGCCGGCCAGAGGCAGCGAGCAGCCGUACACGAGGUCCGGCGGGCGGAGACCACAGGGUCGCCAGCAGCGGCGCCGCUGCGGCGCCCGCCUCUUGGAACAUGCCCGGAGUGUGACACCCCAAGUGCCCGACAGCACAACAGCUGCUUUGGAUAUGAGCAGAGUAAGAACCAAGAUUCAGCUGGGAAUCCGCUGCUCCAGCAUGCGCCCACGGUGCAAGGGUCGCGAGACGAAGACCAGCCCGGAAUGUUCCUCUUCAGUUGGAAGCUGCGUCGCCCAUAAGGCGCGAGUCGAAUUAAGCUCCAGUACCUAUUUCACGUGCAUCGCGAUUUAGCAGAUUUCCCAGGUACGAGUAGAAUUGUGCUCGAGCACCAGAAGGUCUAAAGAUAAUUGAAAUAUCCUGAAGACUUACUGAGUGUUGGCAGUCGGCAGGAUUGCCCGUGCUUGCUCGCUGGAGCUGCCCAAAGUGUCACUGAAAC